UUCUGCGCGCGGCCGCGUUCCCCAGUCUCGAGGCCAACGCCAUUUUGUCCUGUAAGCAGAGAUUUCCCUGAAUCUUAUAUGACCAUGAGUGGAUGUCGUGUGUUCAUCGGGCGUCUGAGCCCUCAUGCUCGUGAAAGAGACGUGGAGAAAUUCUUUAAAGGCUAUGGACACAUUCGGGAGAUAAACCUGAAAAACGGGUUUGGCUUUGUGGAGUUUGACGACCACAGGGACGCAGAUGACGCAGUGUAUGAGCUGAAUGGAAAAGAGCUGUGCAGUGAGAGGGUGACAAUUGAACAUGCCCGCUCUCGCCGAGGAAGAGGCGGCGGCCCAGGAAUGGGAGGACGUUUCUCUCCACGCUUUGGAGGCUAUCGUAAAUCCCACAGUGGGGGUUCCAGGUAUGGACCACCCGUGCGCACAGAGCACAGAAUCAUUGUGGACAAUCUCUCCUCUCGUAUCAGCUGGCAGGAUCUGAAGGACUUGAUGAGGAAGGUGGGAGAAGUGACCUUUGUGGAUGCACACAGGACCAAGAAGAAUGAGGGGGUGGUUGAGUUUGCUUCACACAGUGAUAUGAAGAAUGCCAUUGACAAACUGGAUGGAACCGAUCUGAAUGGACGCAAACUCAAGCUAUACGAGGAUCGCAAGAGGGAGUACGUACCAGACAAUCUCCGUUCUCAGACAAGUCGUAGUAGGAGUCGUUCCCGCAGCAGGAGCAGCUCCCGUUCCCGAUCACCCAGUCGGAGUCGCACCCCUGAGCGUGGAAGCAAGCGCUCUCGCAGUCGCUCAGCCAGUCGCACCCCAGAGAAGAAGAGUACCAGCAACCGGUCUCCUUCCCGCUCUCCUACUCCUCAGAGGAAACAGAGCCGCUCCCGAUCUGCUUCUGCAGAGAGUCAGCACUGAAACUAAUUAUGAAUGUGUGUGGAUGAGCGAGACUGACUUUUUAUUUUAUUUUUUCCUUCACUUAAUGUGGCAUAUGUCAUUGUGCUACUUUAGUGUAAAUUACUUACUGUGAGUUGAAUGGAUGUGUGUGUGUGUAUGAAGAUGUUUUGAUUUAUUUCUUAUUUUGAGGAACUGGGUGGGUUUAAGUGGUAAUGGAAUGGGUUAAGAUUAGAUUUUUCACAAUGUCUUGUUUUGAUUUCUAUUUUUAUUUGAACAAUAUCAAUCCUGGAGUACUUCUGUAGAGAAAUGUAUGUGGGCUUUGUUUCUCAAACUCGCCUGGUCAUUUUUGUUUUUGAGUCUUUAUGGUGAUUCAACAGGUUAGGUCUGUAUAUACACUCUGGAAUAAAGUAUAUUGGUAUUUGGCAGAGA